GUCCACUCCCUUCUCCUGCCUUUUCUACCCAGUCAUGAAUCUUUUAGCUGGACUGGAGGAGUUUGAUCCUGGGUCACUCAAACGCUCAGAGCUGGUGGAAGUUGAAGGAGUCCCUUUACUUGAUACAACUGCUGCCAACCAGGAGCUCUUAAGGAGUUUUAAAGCCCAGCCUGAUGACCUUCUCAUUUGCACUUAUCCCAAAGCAGGGACUACCUGGGUGCAAGAAAUAGUGGACAUGCUCCAGCAUAGAGGAGACAAACAGAAAUGUGCAAGGGCUCCCAUGUAUGAACGGAUUCCCUUCAUAGACUUGUUUCCUAUAAAACCCAUACCUUCAGGUUUGGAAAUGGCAGAGGCAAUGCCCUCCCCACGGACCCUGAAAUCUCACCUCCCAGUCCAGCUUUUGCCACCCUCCUUCUGGGAACAGAAUUGCAAGAUCAUUUAUGUAGCUAGGAAUGUUAAGGACAACAUGGUCUCCUACUUCCAUUUUCACCGCAUGAACCAGGGGAUGCCAGAGCCAGGGAACUGGGACCAAUUUUUAGAGAAUUUCCUUAUAGGAAGAAUCACUUGGGGCUCUUGGUUUGACCAUGUCCGAGGCUGGUGGGAGGCUAAGGACCGUCACCCGAUUCUGUAUCUCUUUUAUGAAGACAUGAAAGAGGAUCCAGCCAGAGAAAUCAAAAAAAUUGCUCAAUUCCUUGGUUUGGAACUUCCAAACCCACUUCUGAAGGAGAUCAUCGAGCAUACAAAGUUUGAGACUAUGAAAGACAACCCCAUGGCCAAUUAUUGCACGUUGCCUGCCUUCAUAAUGGACCACAACUUGUCACCCUUCAUGAGAAAAGGUACUGUAGGAGACUGGAAAGAGCAUCUCACUGUGGCUCAAAGUGAAAAGAUAGAUGAUCUCUGUUCUCAGUUACUAGCAGGCAGUGGCCUGGACUUCCGCAUGGAGCUGUAAGUGUUCAUCCUUGAGAAGAAUGUUAUUAACACCUGUCUGUAUCACUUGCCUGCGUUCAGUAAAAAAGGCUAUUGAAAUACA